AGAACGCAUAGAACCGCCAUUUAUUUCACAGUGUAGUGCGCUUAUGUAGUGUAGGGUGGAUGCAUGUUGUUUGGGAUUGAGCUUCACUAAGUGUGUUCGAUUGCGUAGAAGUGGCUGGCGGUUGCAAUCAAAGGUGUUGCCAUGGCAUCGCGGGCCGGACCGAGAGUCGGGGGUACGGAUGGAAGUGACUUUCAGCACCGGGAACGAGUGGCUUCACAUUAUCAAAUCAGUGUGGCUCUGAAAUCGGAAAUCCGAAAGCUGAACGUGGCUCACGUGGUGCUGUGGGUGUUAGUUUUGGCCCAGGUUCUGGUGAGCCAGCUGAAUCUACUCUCUCACAAACUGGUGGCCAGCCCCUACCAGUGGGAGUACCCGUACCUGCUGAGCAUCAUUCCCACAGCGCUGAGCUUCAUGGCGCUGCCGAGGAACAACAGCGGCUACCUGGCCGUGUCCAUGAUCGGCGCCGGGCUGUUUUGCGCUGCGCCUAUCCUCUACGGCGCCAUGGAGAUGUUCCCCGUAGCGCAGCAGCUCUAUCGGCACGGCAAAGCGUACCGCUUCAUCUUCGGCUUUUCCGCCGUCUCCGUCCUCUACUUGCUUAUCGUGCUGGCCGUGCAGGUGCACGCCUGGCAGAUCUACUACAGCAAGAAGCUCCUGGACGCCUGGUUCACUACCACCAGCCAGGACAAGAAGAAGAAAUGAAACUGGUUACGAACAUUGUUUUGAGACUCUGCUCAUAUUCUGGCACUUGAACUGUGCUAAUUAACCCACUCACAACAAAGCAUUUCCUGUGUACCAUGUGAGCUCUUUCUCCAGUUCUUCUACUCAGGAUCAAAACAUUAAGUCCCUCAUGCCAUGAUUCAGAGAUGUCCAUGUCACACACGUUUAUUCUGUUAGAAAAGGACCAGAAUUCAUUAUGUGGUUAAUUACAGACAAAAUUAAAGUAUUUAAAAAGGCAA